AUGGCACGAUCCACAGUCUACAGACAGUUAGGUGAGGACCUUCUCUAUACCGUUGCCGGUGAAUCGCUUGACGUAAUUGCUUACACAGUUCUGGCCUUCUCCAACAUACUGAGGCGGCCGUUGAGCGAAGUACUGCGUUAAAUGUUACUGCUGUAUCCGCCACAUGACCAGUCUGUUCAUCAGAUGUUUCCUGAUUGAACUCAUGGGCACAUUAUUUUCCGAUGCAGCAGUCAUUUCAACAUAUGCAAUUCAUGACCUAUCUCAGGAACGGUUACGAAUUGCGAACUAAAUUUGCAGUAACGCACGAACCACCCACCCCGCAUCCAGGGAAGUUAUGCUGCUUUAAAGCUACGACUGAGCUUCAAAACAAGGCACAGCUCGGUUUAUACAGUUUUUUGCCUUGUCCACAUUCCUUUUGGAUAAAGGCACGAAAAUUUCCGAUUGGAUUCAGGUUUGCGCCAUUGGCGGAAAUAAAAUGCUGCGAGAACUGCAAGCGGAAAGGUUGGCUUUCGUCUUAAAAUUUGGACGACAGUCGCAAGUUGAAUUGGAAUAAUACCUUCUUUGAGCAGUGAGCAGGGGCAGUAUCUUGAAACAUUACGGUGUCAAUGUGACGUCGAAAAGUACCCUUGUAAUCGAAGGCAUCCUUGGCGAUGUUAAUGAAAACCUUGCCAUUUCAUACAGUUACUACCUCCGUCACCCUCAGAAGAUACGCUGAAAAUCAACUGGAAAGCACCCGCGUAAAGAUGAAAAAAACAGAACGUCACGUUUGUCAAACGCGCAGCCAUUCUUGACAUCCUGACAGGAAACGAAAGACUGGAAUUUAUCAAUUAUACCGAGUCUAAGGGAAGAAAGCUGGGGAAGGCAACGAGAUCUUCACUCCUGCAACGAAUGCCCAAAAUGAAACUACAAUCAGGGCUCCCAAAGUACCCAGAUCGGUGCGCACAUAAUUAUUCUUCUAUAGCUCUCAAUAAAACACCCCUUGAAGCAUUGCCUCUUGGUCCAAAGUUCUGCAGACCUCGUCGAAAAGUCACUCAGCUGCACUUAGAAACACAGUUCGAGAAUUUCUGGAGUCAAACGUACGAUCUAAAGUCCAUUUCUAUAGAUAGUGUCCAGCACUUGAAAUCUACACUAGUGAUCUGCAGUUGGCAAUAUCUGAACAAAAACAGAAAAAGUCGGGGACUACUGUCAAAAACCCCAUUUACAGAAGUAAAAGCAUCUAGGAGAGCAGAUAUAUUUUGGUAAAUAGACCGAAUAAAAUAAAAGGCGUAGUUAUAAUGAAUAGAUCGAAUUAUGUGGCACAAAUACAUUCCAUGUUGUCAGGCCAGAAGAAAUAUAAGAAAUUCGACAAAGAAAAAGAUUUCACGGACGAAGUAGAAGCACAAUGAGGGAUUGCCUACGCGGCCUGCAUGCAGGAGGCUUUAUAGGCAAUCACGAAUUCUAAAAUCUCCGCCCAAUAUGCACACAUAUCCCUCGAUUGUUUGGUAUACCGAAGAUCCACAAGAAAGGCCUACCGGUCCGUCCGAUUUUGGAAGUGCCCAACUCUCCCUACCGUGCGAUAGCGAAGGGGUUAGCAAAGAAACUCAAACCUAUACAGCAUCAACUAGCACCUUAUAGCUAUCGCGAUGCCUAGAAAAUCACUGAAGACGUCAAAGACCUAAACCUAAACGGUGUAGUGAUGCUUUAACCUGAUGUCUCAUCACUCUUCGCAAACUUUCCAGUCCAGAGACAGUCGAGUACAUACGUGGAUUCCUGUCAACCGACCACCAAGAAAUAGGUACUCCGACGAACGCACUCAAGGAGCUAUUACUAAAAUGCCCACAAAAUGUGCAGUUCCUAUUUGGCAAACAAAUAUUUAGAAAAAUAGACGAAGUUGCUAUGGCAUGGCCUCUUGGUCCUCUCCUAGUUGAAGUCUUCAUGGGCAAGCUUGGGAAGUUUCAGUUAAACGAUCAAAUCAAAAAACUAAGACACUAAGAUCGCUACCUUGGCGAUUUCUUUUCAAUUACCACAAAAAACAAACACAACCACCCUCUUGGAUGCCGUAAAUCAAGCACAUUCGUCGAUUAGGUUUACGAUAGAGGUGGAAAGGGCAGGCUCCCGCCUUCUAAGCAGGAGAUCUGACGGCAGCAUUCGAAGAAGAGUCUCUCGGAAGGGCACCUGGUCUGGGCAUUAUGCGAACUUCUACAGGUUCGUACCCCUUCAAUGGAAACUUAAUCUAGCCCGCCGUUUAGUGCAAAGGGCUAGAAAAAUCUGUUUGGCAGAUAGCGUUGAUGAGGACCUUAGAAGAAUCCAAGUCCUGCUUUGGGAGAACGGGUAUCCUGGCAGAUUUAUUGCAAGGAAUCUUGCCAAACGAACAGCAAAACUCAUCACACUGACGACGGGAAAGAAAACUCUGUUUCUCAAAAUCCCCGUUCAAGGAGACGUAACGAGUGGACUCCUAAGGCGACGCAUUUACCAAGCCGUUUCACAAACCUUACCGGUAUAAAGAGUUUGGGUACUGUCCUCGACAAACCCCGUCUUACGCGGGGAAUGUAAGGAUAGGCUACCAGCGCAGACCACCACCAUGUGCAUUUAUUCCUUUAUUUGCUUCUGCAGUGCAGGCUACCAUGGUCGUACGGGUUGGAGCCUAUCCAGAAGAAUACAAGAACACCUGCUGGCAUGGCUGAGGAAAGAUGCAAUUAAGGGCAUACACAGCUCCAUCCUCGCACACACUGUUGCUUCUGGGCAUCAUGUGAAUCCCAACAAAGCCUCCGUAUGAUUUACAAGGUCUACCUAGCUGUCCUAAGCAACUGGGUCAACGCUUAUCAGCAACAGCAGAAGCGGCAGCCAUCAGGCUACUGAGGCCGGUCCUGUGUGAGCUGCAGAAGCUCUUGCAAGCUUCGCGUCUACCGUGGCCAAUGAUCGAUUAACUGUGUGCACCUCUCUGCGCCCCCGUUCCCCUUGUAAUACGGCUCUACCCAACCCUCACUGUCACUGGCUGCCUCCUCUCCCACUCUAUUCACAUACCCUGUUUGUGUGAAAAGACGAACAGUAAUCGGUUGCUCUUUUCACUUGCACGUUUCAGUUUGCACCUUGUUCCCAUAUAAACGUACAGGCCCAAUGAAAAAUGUAUCGAAAGCAUACGCAUGCUCUCCAAAUGCCCUUCUGAAUUGCUUUAUGAGGAUUUUCGCAAACUUGCUAUUUAUCCCCUCCGUUGUUGAACGCCAAUUUUUUUGUCCAAACCAUCAGGCGUCGACAGUUGUUGAAAGUUGGUAUCGAUAGAGUUCUUUCCACAUAUGACUACCCGGGGUCGAUUUCGGAGGCCUGUCUAAAAAUAAGACCUAAUCACAAAAAAUGCUCUUCUAAGGUAAAAGUCUGUGAUCAAGGUGUGUUUGAGCAAACGAAAACAAUCAAUUCUUUCGUCCAUUUCCUAAUUUUUUGCAAAGAAAAUAUUGGCAGGUGUUCCCCUGGAUAGCCUUAAAGGGUAAUAAAUGACUUUUUUCAGUUUUCGACGAGUGGAAUCGUCGAUUUCCUUACUUUUGGACCAUUUUGGUCUACCUUGCCGAGGUCUAGACAUUGUUUUACUAUUAAUAAUUCUCCAGAGAGUGGCUUGGCUAACGUGAAAAAUGGAAGCUAGCGCUUCAUGCGACAGCCUUUCGGCUACCAACUUUUGUAUACGCUAAAAAUUAACUUCCGAGCGCAAUUGUUGUGACAUCUAUGUUGCACGGCGUGUCACAGAAAGGUGGCAGCAUGUGGCGCGCAAUCUAUAUAUAUUUCUUGACGCCUACUUGUUCCUUGUGUAUUAGAACAACUACUCGCGAACAAGCCCAUUACUGCGGCUAAACACGUAAAACGUUGCAAUUUUGCUAUGAAGUAUUUGUAAAGGGUAAAUCGCUUCUUGUUUCAUGCAAAAAAUCCGUCAUGAAAUACUUGCUUCGAACUGAUUUUCAUGAAGUUAAAAUCACAAUUUCUGUUCUUCUGUUUACUGAUCACUUUAUUUUCUGAGUUCGGUCAUCUACUUUAUGAUCCGCUGACCGAGUUUCUUAAUGACCUUGAUCGUGCCAAUUGUAUUUGCAUCCGCACCUGCACGCCAUCUCACAGGUAUCGUUUAUUAUGGCAUGCACAGACAUCUGUAGUUGGGAAUAAGUACGGCUCGUGAGUUCGAGCCCCAGGUGUUCCACACUUCAGGAUUGGGUAUGACUGGCUGACGACGGUUAAUAAGUCAGAAGUGGCGAUUGAAGUCUCCCUUGUCUUUGUCGAUAAUAAACUUUUGCCUAUAUAAAACGCUGCUGUGCGGCUGCUGGUUGGGCCCGAGAGAGAGAGCCCUUAAGGCACAACGGAACGAGUGAGUUCUGUAAAAACGAUCGGCUAACGCCCCUACCAUUGCGUAUUUCCCAUCGAAACCGAUGGGACAACGAGCCCGUAGCUCAGUGAUUGCAGGCGAUAAAAUAAAAACUAAUAGGUUGCGAGUUUGUGCCAUAGGUGUUCCACACCUCUGGCUGACGACAGAUAAUAAGUCAGAGAUGGCCAUUUCAGUCUUUCUUGUCUUUGUCGGUAAUAACAUACUGCCAAUAACCAUCGUGUUGUGUAGAGAUGACGGGUUUCAGAUUGCGCAUGUCCGUUUAGCCGCGCAGCACAGACGUUCAACAUACUGCGAUCCUUGGAAAUGAGGAAGAUGCUUACCAACUUUUGCCAAAUGAACGUCUAUUACGCUAUCCAGAAGCCGCGGCAGUACAGAGGGCUAAGCUAGAUCUAUGUAAACAAUUAGACCACGUGAUUCCUCUUGCAAUGUCAUAGCAGGAUUCGAACGAAAAGUUAAUCCUAUUCCCUCCUCCCUGAACUAACACCCUCCACACGACUGACUGGUGUGCCAUGCUUGGCGAAGUUUCGGUGACAUCUAAGAACCGCUUGCCUAUACGAAUUCUCUCCCCUUUCUACCAGUUCCGCCGACUUUCCCGAUUGAAAUUCCAAGAUUUUAUUUGACUAUAAUUUUUAAACGUCCUAAACCGUUUUCUCAUCGAACAGUUAGCCAUACUAAUUAGUGAUGAACGUGAGGAUUUAAAUAAGAGGUCACAAAAUUUUAUGCCAUUACAAGAUUCCUUCCCAACUUACAGAAGGUUAUGGGUAGGAGGGUUAGGAUUAUUAUAAGAGAUAUGAUUAAAUUUAGGACACGAGAAAAGGUAGUGAUAAAAUUUAGCCCGAGACCGCCUAGAUUAAAGCAAUCCAUAUUCCCGUGUCUGACCCAGCGUCUUACAACGUCACUCAUAUCACCCGGCGGAACGUGACUACAAAAGAGGCAACUGUCGGUGUACUUAGCUGCGGAACUAUAAAGAGCGUUUUUGGAUGGCGAAGACUGGCGAUAGACUAGCCUCUUAAUAUGAAAAAUAAGUAGUAUCGAUCGCGCAGCCGUGCCAGCCAUGAAAUCUGAUGAUCCAGAAGUUCUUUAUAUAAUCCUUCACUUGUUGUUGCUGCUUUACCGUAUGACGCCGCAUUCAAAUAACGGACCGCAUUGUGCGCACUUUGACCAUGCUCAGUAUCAGUCUGAUUUAUGCUCGUGGAGAUAAAGAAGCUCCAGUUUUCCUGGGUGUGACUUAUGCGAAACGGAAAAUUUCGGCAUGAAUAUAAAGUUUGGAAAUUGUUGGAACGAGAGUUUAAUCUGUUUGACGUCCGGGAUCCGCACAAAACAACCACAGAUUCUCUUGAAGUCGACAAAAAAUUCCCAUGACUUGAGGUUUGUCGAGUCAUUUUUGCCGGUAUCGAGGUCUUUCUUGUCAAGUUCAAAGCUCACACAACAGCAGGGCUUAGGUAAAAAAGGCGUUCACUGUUUAAAUAAUUGUUUUGAGGUCGUCUUUCAGACCAUAUGUAACUGCCCCACUUACUCGCGUAGACGUGAAAUUUCAGGCAUAUGUGAGCGAAGCGAAAAACAGCUUUACAUGUCAGGUGCGCCUUUUUUGACGUCUGGUAAGGUGCAGCAGAAUGGCAAUCUCCUGACUGCGUUCAGUACGACAGACGAUGUUUGGUGCAAGCAGGUUGGAUACUUCCCGCCGGUCUCGGCCGGCCGAUUUCUGGCAAACUGGCGCAUACUGAAGUGACUGAUGAGACUGCGUAAUCGCAGCAAAUGGAAGCCUGCCCAUGUGGGAGCACACGCAUAAUUAGACUGUACUAAUGACGGCACCACCGAAAAUUUGAGUUCCGGGAAGCAGUCGCGAUCCCCGGAUUCCCAUUCCGAAUCCAUCACAUCACAGAAGAGAUGUACCUUCACAAGUAUCGCAAUACCCCACGGCAUAUCUAUACGAGUCUGCGGCAUUCACUGCAGACAAUUGAGCUCGAUUACUCGCAGUAAACAUUAUUAAUGGUCAAAACUUCAUUCUAUUUGUUGGUCACUGGUGUUAUUACUACUCAUAAAUUCGGUCCAACAGCGAUUCCACUGGAAAUACUGUGGCCACCUGCUUUCCCGGAGACAAAGUCUCAGAGCAGAAUAUGGAGGGGAGGUCGUUACGUUUGUAAAAGUACUGUGGGUGGAGAGCAAUGGCUCAAACAACUCGUGGCCCACUUCGUCGUGCCUGAAUAUUUGGCUGGGCCUUAUCGAAUGACCAGCGAUUCGUUUCUCGCCGCUGCUGCGUGCUCGGGCACCCGCGUCAAUAUUGGUCUCCAAGUUUCUCCGACAUAUUUCCUCUACUCGUAACUGCGCCAAACCCGGUUAAUGACUCCAGAUGUUUCCUGCUGUCAUCCUACGGAUACGUCAAUUAAUAAUAACUGGCUUUUACGUUAGCACAACAGCCUGAAAUUUUGAAAGACGGACAUGAAAACCCCGGAUGAGUCCUUCUGAGUGGACACGCGAACAAAGGUUGAAAAUUGAGUGAUUGCAAAAGUGCAAAAGACAAGCACGUUUUCGUUUUACUGGCUUUGAUGGAGACUAUGUGCCCAUCUCCGUGUAUUUGCGACAAUUACUCUGAGAGUUUACUGUUCCUAAGCUUCACUAGGGCGGCGUGCGGAUUCUACGCUAACGUGUCAUCAGUUAGCAUGGAAAACUCUAUCUUCGUUUUUGAAAUUCGCUGAUAAACGAUACAUCAAAACGGCCAGUUGUCAACUUUCUUGGCUGACUACUUCUGGGUGUGUUCAAUGCAUUCUCUACCACAGUCGUCUCUGCACUGUUUCUUGAAAAAAACUUCUACAAAAUCACUUCUGCUGCUUAAAUUCGAGAGGCCGUCAAAAACCUGAGAAACACAUACGGCCUUAUAGAGACGAUAGUGUCAUCCAAGAUAUAAAGGGCUACUUUCCGUCUGAUAGGAUAUUUCAGCGCGUCGGUUCAACCAGCCUGUUCAAAGGGACCAGAAAUAACAUACAAAUCGACGCCUUCCCGAGAAUGUUGAUGACACUUUAUGGAGACCCUGAUGCAUUUUCAGAACAUUGUCUGAAGCCGCAAGGUCCUGGCAACUGGUGGUAGUUACGAAACUCCGUAACCUGGGAAAGGUUUACUUUAAAAGCCAAUUGAGUUGACCCAUGGGCAAAUAAUAGGGUAAGAAGUAUAUACGCCAACAAUACAGGGAUCUAAUGAAGCCCUGUCACUUUUCCGGUUUCUUCAGUCUACGAGCGUUAAGAUUUUUAGCUACAGAACGCCUUAGAUGGGAAGCAACCGCCUAAAUAAAAGUUGUAUUUUAUCGACUGUCCUCACACCAUCAAAGAAGCUGUGCUUGUAAAAUUCUUUCGGGAGAAUGGAAUCCUUCUUUGACAGAACAUCCACGAAGUGUCCUAAAUUUGGUAAAAGUUUAGAUCUACUGAAACUGAAGUACGGCUUGGAUGCCCGACACCUCCUUCCAGGUCGAUUUCUAUGUCUACUUCUGCUCCCUUUGUCAUCGACCGUUGCAAGAAAUUCAUUGGGUCCAUCCGACUACAUACAGUAAAUUCGGUUGCUUACUUUGAAACAAGGUGCCGCUUCAUGAGGCCAUAGUUAAGGUUUCGACUGAAAAUAGCGGCCUCUGCGAUGUCCAAAUUGGCGAUAAAUGAGGGAUUUACAACUGGCAUUCUUGGAGAAUAUUAGUGCAUUGCCGGCGGGACCAGCUUCGAGAGAGCACCGUAACAGAAAAGCCCUUUCCCUCUCUGGUAAUACAGGUGAUCUUUCACGAAAUUCCGCGAAGGUUAAAUAUUCCCUAUUCUAGACCUAACCCAAAUUAACCGUAACUUACUUGUACUUGAUACGACUGCGAUCAUGCCUGAUCUAGCCGGCCUCGAUAUGUCCCGAACUGUACCUCUCCACGUAUGACGGUCCGCGGCAACAGACCUAGAAAGCUCAACCCAUUCUCUUCGCCAACGAUGUAGACCGAAUACCGAUGGUCCAAGAACCGCCUCCAUGUCUUGACGAACUGUGUCGAGCCAGGUUUUGAACUGACCCCCUCUUCAACGCCUCCAAUGGGGCAGCGGUGCCGGAUCGAGGGCAGUUACACUGAGCUCCUGAGGUGGACGACGAAGAACAUGCCCGAACCACCUCAGUCGUCGUAACCCCAACACUUAACUAAAAUUUAGCGCAAGACCAUCUGCAUUGCGCUGCAUACUUAUUCGGGUGUCCUGCCAGGGGUGGGUCAUUUAAAAAUUCCUAUCUCCUCUUCGGAAUGCGAAUCUCACAACCAACUGGAUACGGCUCUUGUCUAUGAUGUAUAGAAAGGCCAUGCCUCAAAUGGAUCGUUUUAAUGGCUUUGUCUGCAAACUGUUGUUUAAAAUGUCGUCAUUGUCGUGGGAACACUGAAGAAAUAGGUAUAUUCGAAGAUGUUGGGCCGGCCAAUUUUCUGUGUUCGUGGAUGGAACAGCGAGUUGACAACACCAGUUCAACACUUGACCGUUGAGCACGAAGCGCUGGCUAUACUAUGGAGUAUUCCAACUCCUUGUCACUGAUAGUCAAUAAAGCAGAGACAAUAAGUCCAUCGCUACAGUCCUACCAUCAUCCUAUUCCCUCACAUUUUCCUCUUUCCAAGCGGAUGUUCUAUUACCAUUCCCAUAAACGUGUUUGACAUUAGCAAAAAUAUAGCUUCAGGCCAAUUUCCUGUUUUUAGUUCUCCAUCACCGCUCCUGCCUGCUAGGUAAUGGGCCGCUCAAAGGGCUUCUACGGCAGUCAGACAUGAUGUACCGAACUGACAGCUUGCCCUAGUUAACAUGUAUUUGUGACCUCUGAAUGCACAGAAGCACAGUUGGCCUACCGCCGCCCAAAUGGUGGUCCUUUGUUAGACGUUGUACAACUUCACAUCUUGUCUUUUUCCCGAAAACAGGAGCGGGAGCGAGACAGGCUCACCGUAAAUAGUGCCGUCCUUGGUGGUGGGGGAUUUGCUGCUACUGCUGCUGCUGCUGCUGCUGCUGCUGCUGCUGCUGCUGCUGAUGAUGAUGAUGAUGAUGAUGAUGAUGAUGAUGAUGAUGAUGAUGAUGAUGAUGAUGAUGAUGAUGAUGAUGAUGAUGAUGAUGAUGAUGAUGAUGAUGAUGAUGAUGAUGAUGAUGAUGAUGAUGAUGCUUCACUUGACGUUUGGGCGUACAUCUAA